UUAGUUCGUCGAUGCAACACGAGCCACAAAAUGCAGCCAGCUGCGUUUGUGCUACUAACUUUUCUAAUUUGUGCGUUGGAUGCGGACAGCGACUUCAUUUUCAGAGAUUUAGCUAUCGGAGAAAAAUCAUGGUUCCGCGAUAUAAACACGCCAGUGAUGCAGUGCUUUUUGAACAAAUGUGUCACUCCUCCACCACCACAAAUUCCACACGUCUUCAACAAAAUAUUCAGCGAUCCAGUUGAAUGUUCCAAAACGAGUGACGACUGGGUGCUAAAAUUUUCGUGCUCGCCUUCAACGACAACCCUGGAGGCUGACCCAAAAUGGGUUUUCAAAGUCAAUGGCUCAUUUUACUACAUUCCUCAGGAGCGAAAUGAAAUGAUUUUCGGAGCUGAUAAGUUUUGCCGUCGACUUGGCUUUGCGCUCGCCACUUUUGAAAACAAUUCUGACGUGUUGGACUUAAUCUGGAAAUGCAAUUCAAUCAGACCAGAAAAUUAA